AUGCUCCCAAAGGCGCUCAAGCUGGCGCUCAACCCCCGCGCGUUCGCGAACCGGGCGGUGGCGAGCCUGUACUUGGGCAACCUUGAGCAGUGCGUCGAGGACUGCGGGCACGCCCUGCGCCUGCUGGACAAGAGGCGGCAGAGCCAGGAGCAGGGCGGCAUGCCAG